CCCUGCUCUGACAGUGAGGCUAAAUGUCUGCAGGACAUGCUCAACCUUUGUCUAUCAAUGUUCCUCUACUAACCACCAGCAGGGUUGGCAUAUAGAUGCACAGAGACCAACGCUCCGCUCCACACAGACAGGACACAGGUCUCUAUGACUAGACUAGACAGAAAGCGACGUUGCAGGUCAUUGGAAGUCAGUAAAGUUAGUGACUCCUAGAGAGUUGCAUGUGGAACUGUUGUUUAAGUGCGGAAGCAUCUUUAGGUUUAGAGAGGCAUUUUUUGCUUCUAAGUUUGCUGUCUUGUUUUUUGUUUAUACUACCUUGAAGGCAUCACUGAGAUAGUCAUUAUUGAUACGGUAAACAGAGCUUGGUGACUCAAAAGAAGAAUACACAUUUCUCCUGUUUUCGCUCCUCUUUUCAUCCCUCCAUUGCUUUGGGGUAGCCUCUUGACUUUUUGGCCAUCAUGUGGGAGUUCCGGUCCAUGUCGUUCUGGCGGGCGGUGUUCGCCGAGUUCUAUGGCACCAUGUUCUUUGUGUUCUUUGGUCUGGGGGCGGCUUUGCGCUGGACCACCGGGCCCCACAACGUUCUCCAUGUGGCCUUUUGCUUUGGCUUGGCCGCUGCCACCCUCAUCCAGUCCAUCGGUCACAUCAGCGGGGGACACAUCAACCCGGCUGUCACCUUCGCCUACCUGAUUGGCUCCCAGAUGUCCCUGUUCCGCGCCUUUUUCUACAUCGUGGCCCAGUGUCUGGGGGCGCUGGCUGGGGCCGCCGUGCUCUACGGGGUCACCCCCAACAACAUGAGGGGAAACCUGGCACUCAACACGCUGCAGCCAGGUAUCAGCCUGGGCAUGGCCACCACCAUGGAGGUGUUCCUCACCCUGCAGCUGGUUGUCUGCAUCUUCGCUGUGACCGAUGAGAGGCGUAAUGGACGCCUGGGCUCUGCCGCCCUAGCCAUCGGCUUCUCUGUCCUCAUAGGACACCUGCUGGGGAUGUACUACACUGGUGCUGGAAUGAACCCUGCCAGGUCCUUCGCCCCCGCUGUCCUGGUCAGAAACUUUGUCAACCACUGGGUGUACUGGGUGGGUCCGAUGAUUGGUGGUGCUAUGGGAGCUAUUAUCUAUGAUUUCAUGCUGUUUCCCCGCAUGCGCGGUCUCUCUGAGAGGAUGGCCAUACUGAAGGGCACCAGGCCCACAGAGGCUGAGAGCCAGCAGGACACCCGAGGAGAGGCCAUCGAGCUCAAGACUCAGGCCCUAUAAGCCUGGUGGAAGAAGGUUGGCUUUUUGAACCCCCUAUCCCCCUAUUCUGUACCCAAAUCCCCUCCGAACCCUCAACCCCACCCAACACACACGCGCACACAUACCUCUUCCCCCCUUCCCCUUUAACCCACCCACACACAUAGUACAUAUGGACCACAGACACAAACCCUCCUCACCCUCACAACAAUUCCACCUUCCUCACCAUCCUCAUUCUCACUCUGCUGAUCCAGAAACAGGACGUGCUGAAUUACAGGGCAGCCAAAGCCCUAACCACCCUCCAACACUCCACCACUGACCCUCACCCAUACCUCCCCCUUGGACUGCAGGAUAAAGACGUAGGGUAAGAAGAGGACUUAGUUGCCACUGAAGAAAGCACCCUACUGUGGCCUGUGGUGUAGGGAAUGGGUCACUCCUGGCUGACCAGGUGGCUGUAACUGCUCAGGACAGGGGCAUCUCUCUCUCUCUCUCUCUCUCGUUUGUAGUCUGCUAGGAGUGAAGCUACAGUAGAGCAGUGGACUUCUGCAUGCUUUUUCCAUUUUUUCAUCCAGUUUGAAUCUCUCCCUUGUGUUUUUCUGUUUUUGUUUCAUGAAACUUUGGGAACCUGACAUGUAUGUUAUAUUAUACCUUCAAAGAAUUUAUGAGGAUUUUAUUCGACUCAAAUUCAAUUUUCAAGUCUUGCGUGUGUUGUGUGUGCGUGUGUGUGCCUGUUUUAGCAAACCAUUUUUAUUCUGGCCUUUUUUCAUUACCACAAUUCCUUUGUUCGUUAUCAUGCUUUGUUGUCUUUAUUCAUCACGCUGUAGCCUAUUCUAAGGGAAAGAAGCAUCUUUUUCCCCCCUCCUCCUUCAUUGAUUUUGCUACAGUAAAGUUCUGAUUCACUAGUAGUUUUACAGACAACAUAUUUAGAGUGCUCCCCUUUUAUCGCAAAGCCCUUAAAUUUUUGCGUUGAAGUCAAAUUGUUCUGAGUCUGUGUCUUUUCAAGGGGAGCACAAACACAGUCAGAUUUAUAUCAGAAUAAACACACAACACACAAAACUUAA